GCGAUAAUACGCUCCGUGUACUUUGGAACAUAGUUUCACAAAAUAACUUCAGCAGAUUGCAACCGACUACAUGGUGACAAAAAUAGUGGUGUAAUAGUAAUGAAUUAUAGUGUACUUUUAGGUAUAGGUGCAAGUCACUUCCUUUGCUAACCAAGUGUAGGCCAGUAAACGAUGACUGUGUCUGACGGAGCGAAAAGCCUGAAGGACUUUUUGACAGUUUGCCUGAGCUUGCAGGAAAUACUCCCGCUGAUCUAUAAAGCUGUGGCAAAUAUGGACACCGUCGUCACCUUACGCAUUCAGACGCUAAUGGUGUUUCCCUUGAGUUGUUAAAAGAGAUCAACCAAUGACCUCUUUGUUUUUUUUCUUGUCAGACGUGUUAGUGAUGGCACAUACCGUUACGACGCCCCUCAAGAAAAGAUAAAAACUUUAUGCAGGUUUACGACAAAACUUUAUGAAGUCAGAAAGCAAAUUCAAGCUUCAACCAAUCAAGAAUUGAGAGCGUGUCACUUUUUUAGCACAGAACUGAGUGAAUUUUUUACGUUCUCCUCAUAAAAUGCUGCAGUUGUAGACGAGCUUAUAUACCGUGUUUGUCAGUGAGUGGGUGUGAUGCAUUACCCGCAGUGUCUGCAGAAUUGUGCAAAGAGACGAGGGCAUUGUGUUGUAAGGUUCCAGUGAGCAAAUGUGCUUGUGCAGAUGACAAAACUGGUAACUUAAACGUGUAAUCUCUGCACCAAAAAAUACAGUAAAACUACCACAUAGGACCAGUGUAAAGUUAUGCGAACAAGACUGAGAGGAAAAUGUGUGACUCCAGGCAUGGCAGAGUUCCUUGAGAACUUGAGGACCCAGGUUCGAGUAGGAGUGGUAGGAGGGUCAGACCUCAGCAAGAUCAAGGAGCAGCUGGGAGAUGAUGUGAUCCAGAAAGUAGACUACGUAUUUGCUGAGAAUGGUCUUGUGGCGUAUAAAAAUGGCCAGUUACUCUCUAUUCAGUCCAUCCAGGCCCAUAUGGGAGAAGAGCUUCUGCAAGAUUUUAUCAACUUCUGUCUCAACUACAUGGCCAAGAUCAAACUGCCUAAGAAGAGGGGGACAUUUAUUGAAUUCCGUAACGGCAUGUUGAACGUCUCACCUAUUGGACGCAGCUGUACGCAGGAAGAGAGGAAAGAAUUCUACGAGCUAGAUCAGAGAGAGAAAAUCAGAGAGAAGUUUGUGUCCGUAUUAAAAGAAGAGUUCAAAGGGAAAGGGCUCUCAUUUUCAAUUGGAGGGCAGAUCAGCUUUGAUGUGUUUCCUGAUGGUUGGGAUAAGAGGUACUGUCUGGGGAUUGUUGAGAAGGACAAUUACUCAACCAUUCACUUCUUUGGAGACAAGACCAAGCCUGGAGGAAACGACUACGAGAUCUACUGCGACCCUCGGACCAUCGGCCAUGAAGUCUCUUGUCCAGAGGAAACCCGACAACUUUGUCAGCAGCUUUUCUUCUCAUGAGAGAGAAGCUGCAACUGUUACUGUAUGUUCUCCUUAUUUUUACGUGACAGAGAAGAGAGACUUUUGUUAGAAGUCGUAUUCAUCUGUCCAGGUGUUAUCUUGAGGUUUGAUGACAAAAAUCAUGAGUUUCAUGCAGAAAGAGACAGUUUCAUAAUGUGAUUGAUAAUGUCAAGGAAUGAGAGGGAAGAGUCAGUGACACAUGAGAAGAGAUAUUUGUAGGUAAAUUUGGUUAGGUUUUAAUCAGGGCUGUCAUGGCUUUAAAUGUGAGACUAAGUGUAAAGAUUUAAAAACUAAAAAGUUACCUUAUUAAAAUGAGAUUCUGGCUUGUGUUAUCAGCAUUACUUCAUGGUAAACACUGAGCCAAAACCCUUGCCAACAUAAUUUUUAAAGACUAAUGUAGGGUAAUAUUCAUCCACAUGUAAUUCUGACAAAUCAUGUUUUUGAUUGUGAAAACAGAACUCAACUGGACAUGUGUUUUGAUUGUGGCCUAAAAUUUCUACGAUUUGUCAUUCUGUGUACUGAAUGUCACUACCAUAUGAUCCUGAAUCUGCUUUUAACUAAACCCCAACUCCCAUGUGACCCACUGUGCCUCUGAAAAACUGCCUCAGUGACACAAACACUGACAGAGGACUCUUGGAUGUGGUUUUGUAGUGUGCUGCAGUUUUUGGAAGAUUUGAGUGAAGCCUAGCUGGUCACAUUUUGCUGUUAAUGUAACAAACAGAUCCAAUUGCUGCUUUAUUUUCCUAGAGCAAAUUUUGUCAGUCAUAUGUUGCUGCUGGAGCAAUGACGUCUUUUUCCUUUUUUUCUGUUGAAGUCUUUGUGGGUUUCACUCUUGUCCAUGUUCAGCCAUGUUUACUGUCACUGCUAACUGAACAAACCAGAACCAUAAUACACAUUACCUCCAGUGUUCUAGCUGAUUUGUCCUCUGCAUUUUCUAGAACAGAAAAUAUAAAAAGCUUUCAUGGAUUGUGUUACAGAGAACACUAUCAGCAAAAUAUUUCUUUUGGAUAUGAAAAUGUCACCAGUUAGUGUAUUACUUGAAGGUGAAGCAAAAACAACAGGAUAAAGAAGUAUAUCAGAAUAAAAACAUCUCAAUAAAAACAUGAUGAUAUGUAAGAGUCACAACAGCAGUGGACUGUGUGAUGAGUUCAUUUUACAAAACACAUGUAACUGACAAAUAAAUGUAUCUGAAAAGUAAUACUUUAUUUACCAUAUUGUGUGAUUGAUCCCAAUACAUGGCACAAAAUGUUAAAUAAGUAUCAACAUUUUAUAAAAAUGCUGUUGGAAAUAAAAUAAAGGAACAAUUCCCAACAAACAUUCUUGCUAAGGA